AUGAUGUAUGAGAUGGGAUACACAGAUGUGCUUACAUCGAUUGCAAAGGUCAAGAAAUCGUGUUUACCAUCGCAAUGGAAUGGGUUGCUGACAUUGCUAAUCAAGGGUUUGGCAGAAACAUAUGGUGGUUCAGACACAACAAGCAAAGGCUUUCUUACCAUUCUUUAUGGUUUAUACAACGGGAUCAACCUAGAUUAUGGCACUAUAAUCUGUUCCCAAGUAGUGCAGAGUUUAAACACAACGACCUGUCAUUUAGAGAUCUCUUGUGGUCGUUUCUGGACCCUGAUUACAAAGAAGGCCAUGGAUUCUUUGGAGAUACCUGUCAUGAAGGAUGUUCUUCUUGCCUCUAUUGCCUCAUUCCAUACAAAGAAGAUCAUCAUAUCCGAUCCAAGUAAGUUUCAUCACUAUGGAUUGAUUCCGGAAUCCAUGUACAGGUGUGUUUCGGCACAAAGCAAUGUGAUGGCCGAAUACCGUAAACACUCUCCUCUUGGUCCAAGGGUCCUGUCUGAAGAACAACAAGCUACACUGGAUGCCUUGGAUCAGCCUGCUAACAGAGGCAAACGGGUUAUAAAGAAAGAGAAAGAAGAAACUAAGGAGGGUAAGCCAAAAUCUUCAAAGCGUAAGUCUGCUGAAGGGGAUUCUUCUCAAUCAAAACCGAAGAAGAUAAAGAAGAUGGCUAACAGACCCAAGGGGAACUUUUCUCCUGGAUCUGAUACGGUUGAAGAUCAAGACGCAGAAGCCGAGAAUCCUCAGGUUUUAACCAGAGCGCAAACACCUCGAAGAUCUCCAACCCCACCUACAUCUCCUAAAGGUACCAAAAUCCCAACUCCACCAGCCCCUCCCAAAACUACUAAAAUUCCCACUCCACCUACAUCACUAAAACAGAAAGCUCCACUUUCUGCUCCCACUGAUAUACCACCCAUUCUCACCGAACCAACUUCACUACCCCCUUCAACCAUCAUUACCUCUGUUCCUGUCUCAACUAUACCUCUCUUAACUCCUCUCACAACCGAAUCCAUCACUAUCACCAUUCCCAAAAUCCUAGUGGAAGUCAAUGUAUCUGAUACAGGGGCUACUACUGUGAUUGAUACUCCUGUUAUCAACAUACCAACAUCCCCAACCCCAUCCUCUACCUCUGGUGCUACUCUUGGUGGAGAUGAUGAGGACUAUGAGUCGCUGUAUUACAGUCCUUAUAGAAUUCCAACAGAUAAUGAUCCUGAUGCUCCUGUCACCAGUCAACAUAUACAGGACAUUAAUGAAAAGUUGGAUCGACUGCUUGCUGAUAGCAAAGCUUAUGGCAGUGUUGUUUUAAAAGCAUUCUUGGAGACUGCCAUUCAGCAAUACACUGAUGCUAUUGAGAAAUCCACAGCAACAGUUGAUAAGUCAACCGCUUCUUGUUCCAAGGCCACAAAGGAGGUUACUGAGGUUGUUCACACAACUCAGCUUUUCCUUGAUUCUCUGAAAGCUCAUACUGACACAAAUGCGGCAAAAUAUCAAGCUUCGAUGGACUCCUUCUCUAAAACUCUUCAAGAUGAAACCACAAAAUUUGAAGCCCUUCGUACUGAUCUCAAAACAGACUCCACAUCUUUUCUCCAAUCUCUGGAUUCUCGUUUUGCUUCUCUUUCUGCAGAAAGUACGUUGAAGGAGGACCUGAUAAAACACCAAGCCACAAUUGAUCUCCAAAAAGUUCAACUGGAUCAGGCAGAAAAAGAGAUCUCUCUGUUAAAGACUCAAAGGGCAGUUUAUCAAAGUUGUGCUGGUGAUGUGAAGAAUAUCUUGACUACUCUUCUUGAACCUCAUGAUCCCUUAUUGACCUUAACCAUCUGGAAGCAUCGUCAAUCCAAAAUCAUUCCUGCAAUUACAAUUCUCAGUGAGAUGAAGGGUGUCUCGGAGAAGGUCUUUCUUCCGAAACAAGGGGCAGAAGAGAGUGCAGAUCUGAAAGAUAAACUAGAACUGAAGGAUAAUUUAGCUUCGGUUUCUGGAAAGCAAGUUCAAGUUGAUAGUGAUAGUGAUACUGAAGAGACUAUCGCUGAAGCCCUUAAAAGAAAUAAGAGGGACAAAGAGCUUAAUGAAACGGUGAAGGUGGCACAAGAGGCAAAGAAUAAGGAAGAGGAGGAUGUCUUGCAAUGCAAGAAGACGCUGUUUCCAGAAUGGGACAGAGAUACACUCAUCAAUCAGGUGAUUGAGUUCCUGCUAUGUACUGGUUGGAACCGAUUGCUUCAUUUGAUUGUGAUAAUUCAUAGGACUCGCAGUUCGACAUGCCAAUCACAAGAAAAGCAUUUACCUUUCAUUGUUUCGAUGUAA